UUUGGUGAACUGAAUGAAAAUCAGAAACUGGAGGGGAGAGCAUAAAUGCAAGUUUUCCUCAAGAUCGUGUGUCAGACAGUUUGAUAUUUAUAUGGAAUCUAAGCUUCUAUAGGAACCCAAGAUUAAAUUCUCUCUGUUUUCUAUUUCAGAUUAUGUCCAGCCAAGUUAUCCAGGAUAGCAUAUGAGGAUCCGCAGUUAAACGGCGACUGAUCUGGAUUGUCCAGAAUCUAGGAAAACAUUUAUUGAAGGAGAAUAUUCACACCUUACUCCAUGGAUUCCUUUGGGCAACUUAGACCACAAGAUAACCAGUCAGUAGUCAGCAGAAUGCAAAAGAAAUACUGGAAAACUAAACAGGUCUUUAUCAAAGCAACAGGAAAAAAAGAAGAUGAGCAUGUGGUUGCAUCUGAUGCUGAACUGGAUGCUAAACUUGAGGUUUUUCAUGCCAUUCAAGAAACAUGCACUGAACUUUUGAAGAUAGUGGAGAAAUAUCAGCUGAGACUCAAUGUUAUGUCCGAGGAAGAAAAUGAACUAGGGCUCUUUUUAAAGUUUCAAGCAGAACGGGAUACGACCCAAGCUGGCAAAAUGAUGGAUGCUACCGGCAAGGCGCUCUGCUCUUCAGCCAAACAAAGAUUGGCCUUGUGUACUCCUCUCUCUCGGCUUAAGCAAGAAGUAGCAACAUUUAGUCAAAGGGCCGUAUCUGACACGUUGAUGACAAUUAAUCGGAUGGAACAGGCACGCACAGAAUACAGAGGAGCUCUGCUGUGGAUGAAAGAUGUAUCCCAGGAACUGGAUCCAGAUACCUUAAAACAAAUGGAGAAGUUCAGAAAAGUACAGAUCCAAGUGAGAAAUAGUAAAAGUUCUUUUGACAAGUUAAAAAUGGAUGUUUGUCAGAAAGUGGAUUUACUUGGAGCUAGUCGCUGCAAUAUGUUAUCUCAUUCCCUCACUACCUACCAGAGAACACUGCUUGGAUUCUGGGAGAAAACAGCUCAAAUGAUGUCCCAAAUCCAUGAGGCCUGUACUGGCUUUCAUCCAUAUGAUUUUGUAGCUCUCAAGAGAUUACAAGAUACUCCAGGCAAGCCUACUGAAGACCACAAAGAAGGGCAAAUAGAAGAAAAUGUUCUCACUGACAACCUCAAUAAGAUAGUUUUGUCCGAAGAAGCAAGCUUCAGGAGAGAAUCAGCAGUGGCAAAAGAUGUACCUGCAGAUUCAUUGGAAAGAGAAGACUUUGAGAAGGAAUUCUCAUUUCUGAACAGCCUCCUAAGCCCUGCUUGUUCCAGUACUAGUGAAUCUACUCAAGAGUGCCAGACUUCAUGUGGGAGCCCCAGUGCUGGUCUCGUGCCCCAGGAGGCUUCUGUGGGGUCCGAGCCUCUCGCUCAUUCCUCUGGAUUCCUUCCCUCACAACUCUUUGACCUUGGCCUUCAUGCUGCUGGAGCUUUUAAUAGCUGGGUCUCCCAAGAGGAUUCAGAGCACACUGAUAACCUACCAGUGCCUUCACAGAGUCCAAAGAAAUUAACACGAUCCCCCAACAAUGGUAACCAAGACAUGUCAGCCUGGUUCAAUCUAUUUGCAGACUUGGAUCCACUUUCAAACCCAGAUGCCAUUGGACACUCAGAUGAUGAACUUCUUAAUGCGUGACUAAUGUUAAUUUCAGGGGUCUUGAGACAUCAGUUUUACGACAUACUGCCUUUGUGGAAAGGAGGUUCUAUUAUAACCCACACCUAAGACUGUAUUUGUGACUAUAAUACCUGUCAGCCAACUGUAAUGGGAUGGUAAGGACCACAUAUGAAUAGAUUACAUAUAUCUUUGGAUUUGUAGAUGCUGACACUAGGUGGAAAAAUUUUAAAGUAACUGAAUCUGCAAUAUUUAGAUGUCAAAUUUAGGUCUAAAUAAUAGUUAGGAAUACUUCUGUCAAUAAGGAGUUGAGCUUAUUUCUUUGAAAACCAUUUUAUAUUCCUUAUCUUGCUGACUGAGAAUUCUGUAUGUGGUAAGGACAGCAUGUACACUGGGUGUGGUUUGGGGGGUGUUUUCUUAGAUAAAACAGAGUUGGGGAGUCUGUUGUGGAAAAUAGCACUAGCCCAGCUUUGUCUUUGGUUGGAAAGGUAGAAUAAGAGCACUCAAUUUGCUUUGAUGAAAUCAGAGAAACUUAUACUUGUUCCUCUCCAUGUGGAAGCUAAAAUGUAAUAUAAUGAAGCUGUAAUGUUACCUAUCAUUCACACAGAAAUCAUGGACACCCCAAUAUCAUUAUCAAAUGGGGUAAGUAGCAGGAUGAUUAACUUGUACACCUAUCCUCUAUAGACAUGGGGAAAAGUCAUUCUUCACAUCUCAAACAAAAAUAUGCAACAAUAUUCAAGAUAAUUUGCAAAUAUUUUCAGGCUAUCACACAUGGCUUCAAUAAAAUGCAACAUUCAUCUUACUCCUAAAACGAGUGGAAAACAUUCCCUAUUUGGAAUUGCCAAGAAACUUCUGUCCGAAUGAGGAAGACAAAUGCUAGGCACCUCUUUCUUCCACGUAUUUGCAUA